AUGGAAGAUCUGGAGACACGCAAAGCACGCAGGAUAGAACAGAUGGUCACAAAAUGGCUACGUCGGUCACGAGAUAAUUCAGCCAGAGGGAGAGCAUCGGUGAGUGACAGACCCUCAGAUGGAAUUACCCAACCGGCAAGCCGUAUAAAACUCACAGUGGAUGUCCCAAAAGAUGUGCUGCUUGGACAUUAUGGCUUUGAGGUUUCCCAUCAUCUUCCCCUUCUUAUCACAUCAGUUGCUGCAGGCAGCACUGCUGACGGGAAGCUUCUGCCAGGGGAUCACAUUCUUGCCAUAAACAACAAAGCAGCGGAAGACGUGGCUGGUGAACAAGCAGCCGCUCUUUUAAGGGAAUCACAAGACUCUCUUCAGUUUACAGUUCUCCGAUGCAUCUCGGGUGGCCCGAAAUCUUCCUUUCUUACAGCAGAGAAACGAGCCAGGCUAAAGACAAAUCCCGUCAAAGUCCGCUUUGCAGAAGAAGUCGUGGUGAAUGGACACACUCAGGGAAGUUCUCUCCUGUGUAUGCCCAACGUGCUCAAGGUGUACUUGGAAAAUGGACAGACAAAAGCUUUCAAGUUUGAGGCAAAGACGACGGUCAAGGACAUUAUUCUAACUUUGAAAGAAAAGCUUUCCAUUCGAAGUAUUGAUCAUUUUGCCUUGGUCUUGGAAGAGCAGUACAAUGUGUUGAAGAUGUAUCUUCUACAUGAGGACGAGCUCAUCAUACAGGUAGUUCAGAGGAAAGAAUCUCAUGCCUAUCGGUGCCUCUUCAGAGUCUGCUUUAUACCGAGAGACCCUCUGCAUCUGUUGCAGCAAGAUCCCGUUGCCUUUGAAUAUCUCUACUUGCAGAGCUGCAGCGAUGUGCUCCAGGAAAGGUUUGCUGUCGAGAUGAAGUGCAGCGUUGCUUUGCGGUUGGCUGCACUGCACAUACAAGAGCGGAUCAUCACUUGCGCUCAGCCACAGAAAGUCUCUCUGAAGUAUAUAGAGAAGGACUGGGGAAUAGAAAACUUUAUCUCCCCGACUUUACUCCGAAACAUGAGAGGCAAAGACAUCAAAAAGGCCAUUAGCUUUCACAUGAAGAGGAAUCAGCUUUUGCUGGAUCCAAGACAAAAGCACCUUCUCUCUGCCGCACAGGUGCGUCUGUGUUACCUGCAGAUUCUUGGAGACCUGAAACUCUAUGGAGGAAAAAUCUUUAAUGCCACGCUCAUGCUACAGGAUAGAGAAUCGUGUGUUGCCCUCCUGGUGGGAGCCAAAUAUGGAAUCAGUCAAGUUGUUAAUAACAAACUCAAUAUUGUAACCAUGCUGGCAGAAUUUUCUAACAUCAGCAAGCUGGAGCUUGCGGAAGAAUCGGACAAAGUGAGCAUGGUAAAAAUCUACCUCCAAGAUAUAAAGGUGCUGACCCUGCUGCUGGAAUCCAACAGCGCCAAAGACAUGGCUUGUCUCAUCAGUGGCUACUACAGGAUGUUUGUAGAUGUGAGCCGUUCCAUCUUUGUCUGGGGAGAGAAAAAGCCCCAAACACACCGCGUCUCUGCAGAGGAAGGUUAUGAAUCUCGAACCGGCAGCGACUCCGAAGAAUCUUCUGAGCCGGACUCCUCCUUGGACCGGUUUUCCGAAGCCCACUCGCCCAAGUACGGCAGCGUUUGCCCCCCGCUUGAGGAUGAAGGGGAGCAGGAGCAAGAAAGGAAGGAUCCAGAAUACAAAGGAAAGAGCUUUUGCAAUGGGUACGACAACACGAACGAUAGCUUGUCGGAAGCCUCUGAUUCGGCCAACGUGGAGAGCCGGGGGCUUAAGACCAGCAGUUCCAGCGACUCCAUGGACGCACUGGAGGAGGACGAUUUAGAAGCCUGCUCCUCAAGUAGGACCGAGUUUUUCCCUUUUUAUCCCUCCACCCUUCGGGAACUGUCGGGCAGCGACAAGGCCUUCUCAGAGGCAGACCAAGAAGAGGAAAGUCGAGCAGCACAGGAGUGUUUCUUUUCUUUCCUGCUGCCUCCCUCCCUCCCUCAUCCCGCCCUUGCGCAGUCCGAGGCCCAGAUCCGACAAGAAAGCGAAACGAGCGCUUCUGCUCUGGUGUCUAAGCUGGCGGAGAACGACGCCAUGGAGUACUACAGCCUCUGUGCCAACGUCUCCCCAGCCAGCAGCGGAGAGAGGAACGCCCGGAGCGACAGCCCCGAGCGGGGCUCUUGGAGCGGGCCGGACGGAGAUGAGGGAAUCUGCGUUGGGGAAGGGGAAGCGCGGGGCUUCGUUUUGGCUCCUCCCCCUGGCUUUGGCGAUACCAGUUCAGACGACGAAUCCUACGACACAGCAGAAAUGCGAGCGGGUUCUGGAGGCCUGUCCCUACACAGUAUGGAAGAGGUGAGCUCACCAAUGGAGCCAACUUGUUGCAGCUUGGGUGAAAACAUCCUGUCAAGACAGAGCAGAGCACCCAAGCACAGGCCGGGAAAGGCGCCACGGUGCGACAACAGCCUGAGGAAAAGGAGGUCUUUCCUACAGACCAACUACACCUCACACGUGACUUUCCCGUUCACUCCUCACUCCCUGGAGAACAUUGAUUAUAUGUGUUCCGAUGCAGAACCUGCCCUUUCAAGUCUUUCCUGCUCACCAGCGGUGGUCUCCUUGAGAGACUCACAGAGAAAUUCUAAUGGUCUUCAAGCCAAACAGCAAGUCCAGUUGGCCAAAAAUACCACCCCUCCAUCCGACUUAAUGGAGAUGGAGCCAGAUUCAUUAGAAACGAAGUCAGUCACUGGUUCGCUUGUGUGUCCUGUCUCUACCAUUCCACUCCAGGGUGCCCAAGAAGGUAGAGAAAGUUCAAACUUCUCCUCUAGCUCCUUCUCCGCAAAGAAGCAUGACGGUUCUUUGAUCUCCUCCUACAAGCCCGUCCACCGGAGGAAUUGUUUAAGUAUGUCGGAAAUCCCCUUCCAGCUGGAAGAGCUUAACACCACUUGCAAAGGAAAACCAGAAGACGUUGCAGAAAUGUCUAACAGGGCUCCAGCAAACAUAGGACAUCAUGUCAAGGAAGCAAUAGAGGAUACAACGGGGACAGUGAAAGUCCUGCCAGAAGCAGGGGUCAGCUACGUAUUGAUUGAGGAAAUAAUCCACACAACUACCAAACCGUCCCGGGCUCUGAACAGUCACCCAGGCAAACCAUUGUCUUGCGUGCCAACCUCGGACCAGGAUCUUCUUCCUGCUGAGGUGGAGCAAAACGAGCAGUUUGCGCUAGAUCCUUGCAAAGAAAUCAACGGUGAUGCCAUCUUGUGUGAAUCAAGCCAGGCACGUGGGGGCAUACUGCUACAAGAUACCAGCAAGAAGCCGAGUGAAGGCAACUCACUAAAAUCUGAAGAUGACCAACGGCUGGGUUUCUCAGACACAGCUGAGCUACUUUCCUACUCUGAUGGCACUUCAGGGAUAGUGACGCGCUUGUCCUGGCUUGCUUUUCGUUCGAGGGUCGAUCAUGCAGACACAGGCCAGCAGACAGAUGACAAACACCGGGGAAUUAUUGGCCAAAGUAUCCCCGUUGCUAAUUUGACCUCUUUAAAAGAUGAUGCUGUAGGUCAACUACCACUCCAUUUAUCAGCUGUGCCUACUUCUCAGAAUUGGUGCCCAUCUACAGACCAUGCUGGUGUCCAGAAGCCAGAGGAGAAAGACCUCCUAGGAGAUGCCCUGCGUGUGGAUUAUAAAUAUAAACUGCCCAGUCCAUUAACUGUCCCCACAGAGGAGAAUGUGAAGCAAAGAAAAGUUGACAAUUCAGAUGGACCGGCCUACUUUUUGCUUGACAAGUUGCAUGACCCUGCAAGGCCCAGUAAGAACAUCGCCGUUUCAAAGCCAUCACUUCUGUGUUCUACUAACCCAACAGAAGAUGCUAAGGAGACCUUCUCAGUGGGAAAUAAAAUGGACAGAUGCAGUUGCCAGUUGACCUAUGCAAGUUGUUUUCGUGGCCUAGACAAUGAGGCAGAAUUAGAACACACCAGUCCACUUGUCUGUAGUACUUCUGAGGGGCCAUUAACAACCCCACCAUCAACAAGAAGUCCAGUGUUUGUAGAUUUGGAUCCCACAAGACUCACUCAAGAACGGAACUAUGUUAAUGGCAACACCAAAGACUGUAAAAAUCAUGUCUGGCUUCCAGAAUCUCAUAUCAAAGCACUGAGCUGUAUAAUGGAUAGAAUGUGUGCAUCGCAAUUUGAUUUCCACCAUUUGUUAGAUAAUGUGGUAGAGCUGCAGGAAAUUUUAAAGCAAUUUUGGGGAAGCAGAAUAAAACACCCUCGGGAUAAAUGUUCGGCCCAUUUUUCAGAAAACAAGAACGCCUUGCAUACGGAAUCGCAAAGGUUGAUGUCCAGUUGCCAGAAAGUUAUCAAAACACAUGGGCCUUCCUCAGAGACACAAAAUGCUAUUCAGGAGACCUUCCAGAACCUUCUCCAACUGACAGAAGUGUGCUUUCAGUUCACAAACUGUGGCCUUUGCAGUAGGAGGCACAAAGAUCUCACAGUCAAUCUGAGGGAUGUUGCAUGUAGCUAUCGUCAAUUUGUACAGGCAGCUAAGCAAGCCUGGGAGAGGGGCUAUCCCAAUUUGAGCAUAAAACUGCUUGUGUGCCAGUAUACUGCUCUCACUGCAGCCCUCUUCUGCCUUGUGCAGCAAUUCAGGGGAUCAUCCGGCGUAUGAGAUCUUCUCCAGAUGUCGCUCCAUCCUCAUCCUCUAUCAUUUGGUGGGGAAAUACCUAGCCAACUCCCAAUAAAAAUAAUGGACAUGUAACAGAUAGGCCUAAGCAAGUGAUUCUACAAUUUGGUCUCAUACUUUAAUGCAAGGGUGGGCAACCUGUGGCCUUUGGUCUAAUUUCAUGCGGCCCUGUUUGUGCGAUUAGUUCAGACCUCUGCCAGAAGUGCUCUGUCCCUUCCCUGGCGGUGUGCUGGGUGGGAAGGAACAGGGAGAGGGAGGUGAUGGAAUGAAGAAAGGUGUGACACUUCUGGCAUUGGCCCUGCCCACUGCCAACAAGCGACCCCCAACAGAUUAGCUAUGAGGGAAUGCGGCCCCCGACAGAAAAAUGGUCGGUCACCCCUGCUUUAACGGAUGUUAACACGCAAGGCUUAAAUGAGUUAAAGUCAGCAGGAUAAGUCAUUCAUAUAGAACCGUAUUUUGGUGCAUGUCCAACUUGCUUUUUUCCUGUGCCAUAUGGUAAAGAGCACAAGAGAUGAAUCUCUUUUGCUUGACUCAGGGUCCUUUUCUGGUGUUAACAGCAGCCUGCAUGCAGCAUCCAGUGACAACUUGUUUCAAACCAUAUGCUUCUUAAGGCAAACCGAGAUACAAUGCUGUGUGCCACGUGGACCCCGUAUAUAGAAAAUGUUCGCAUAUUACAGCUUUGGUGUGUGCCACCAACCUGUGGAAAUAUUGACCAAGGUUGUGCAGGAAUCUGGCUCCUGAUGCUUAAGCAAUGCCACCUGUGGUGGAUUUCCAAAGGCCCACGUGGCUGCUGGAGGUGGCUCUAAUGUAGGAGGCUGGGUGUGUCAUUUCAUCUCAUGGCUUCUGCUGCCUGUGUUAAGUCACUUAUCAGAGCACAUGACCAACAUAGUUCAAGUAUUGGUUGG